UUUCAUAGCACGUUUGUAACCAUAUUGAAAUGGCAUACUUGGAUAUGAAAGUACUCUUCAGUAAUAGUCAUUCCGUAUAUGUUUAGUGUAGACGUUAUCUGUCAAAUUCUUUUCUCUUUUUGUAAUCAAGCUUAGUGCUUAGCGAUUUUUAAACAUGGCUUACUUGUAUCAACCUGAUUAUGUUCGUUAUAUGUGCAAUUGUGGUUCUCUAAAACCUAUUUCAAAAAUAUAUUUUUGUCGGCACUGUUUAAAAAUUCGAUGUGGUUACUGUGUCUGUCAAGAGGUUGAUUUAUAUUACUGUCCAAAUUGUAUGGAAAAUUUACCCUCAUCGGAAGUUCGUCUUAAAAAGAAUAAAUGCUCAAACUGCUUUAAUUGCCCUAAUUGUUUUCAAAUGUUGUCUACGAGAGCAGGACAUGUCCCAUUAAGACCAACAAUGAAGGAAGGAGAAGAUUCAAAAGAUGUUAAAGUUUUACCUAAAAAAGUCUAUUAUUUAUCUUGUUCUUUUUGUCGAUGGAGUUCUAGAGAUGUCGGUAUUCCAGAUCAAUUUAUGGCCACAGGAAGAUGGCCUGAGCAAGAAAAUCCUCAUACUAGAAGAAUUAAUGCUUUAAUAGACUAUCACAAAAUAUUGACUUCUAUAGAAAAGCGACAACGAGAAAGAAAAAAAUUUCAACCUAAACGUUCAUUUAUACAAUAUGAAUCAUUUGGGCUAACAUCUGCAAUGAUACAUAAGCAUAUUGUUCAGUCAAGAAAACCUCAGAUUCAAUUGCAGUUGUCGGAUCAACCAACUCCUUCUAUUGCCUCAGAAGAUGUGGAAGAGCUAUCACCAGAAAUAUUUACUGAGCCUAUAGAUAUUAUAAAAGUUAGUACUCUAGAACAACGUCUGCAUCACCCUGAUGUACAAGCAGAGAAUGUAAAUGAACUGCGUCCACAACGUAGACAACUUUUAGUUAAGAGAUCACAGCGUUGCAGAGUUUGUGAGCAUAAUCUUAGCAAACCUGAUAUAUGCCCACAGUCUACAAAAUUCAAAAUUCAGUUAGCUGCAUUUUAUCAUAUACCAGAAGUAAAGAUUGUUACUUGUGAGCCAUUAUAUCCUGGUAAAUCCAGUGAAUUAUUUUUAAAGUUUUGCAAUCCUACACGACAUCCGACACAAAUAACUUUAUUUCCAUUGGAUGUAUCAAUGGCACCUAUUCCUAUUACUGAUGUUACAGAGAAAGGAGAAGUUAAAAAAGAUGAUGUGCAAAUGAUAAGUGAAACUUUGAAUUCACUGCCUUCUGUUGUACGUCAAGCACCUGUUGUGGAAGAAGUUAAAACAAUAAAAGUUGUUCCAAAUGCAGAUUUAGUAUUGCCUCAUAGUUCUUUAAUUUUGCCAGCUAGAGAUGAUGCUGCAGAAUAUGAUGAUACGGUCGAUACUCACAAUUUUCAAGAUGAUCCAAAGCUUGUAGUUUGGAGAAAAGGAAACAAAGCAAUAGUGAGACUUAAUGUUACACCAUUUGAAAAUGAUGAGAUAAAAGAGGAGUCAGUUAUAGUAGGAUUUGUUAUGCAACAUGGAUAUGUAAAUACAAUUACUGCUUUAGAACAUAAAGCACCACAAAAAUUGGAUUUGAAGGUUAAAUUAUAUUUGACCCUUGGGAAACUUUGUAGCCCUACAUAGUAAUCUAUAGAUUAUUUAUUUAAAGCUGAUUUAAAUAAAAGAAAAGUGAAGGAAAAUUGUAACUUUUUAACACUGAAAGUGCAUAGAAAUGUAAUAUCUAAUUUGUUGUAUUGUAAUCAAUACUUAUAUACAUUAAUUUAAUUAUUUGCUAAAAAAUGCUUGUAAUUGAAUGUUGAUAUAAAUUAUUUAUUUUUUAUGUACUGAAAUAAUAACUGUUAAUAACACUAAAGUAAUAAAUAAUAAUAAUAAU